UACAAUCUCUUUCCAGGAUCUGUAAAGACAGAGAGAGAAAGAGAGGGGUUUUCAGAGGAUCUCCUAUAGCAAUGGUGAAGAAGAUGAUUUUGAUUUCUUUGAUGGUCGUGAUUUGUUUAUCAGUCGGAGAGACCAAAGUUGUUGCAGGGCAUACCAAUCAUGUGGUCGGAGCUGAUCGGGGAUGGGAUCCUGCUACCAAGCUUUCCGGUUGGUCAUCCGGCCGAACCUUCAGGGUGGGGGAUAAGAUUUGGUUUGCGUACUCGGUAGUGUCGGAAAGUAUGGUGGAGCUGGGGAGUAAAGAGGAAUAUGAAUUGUGUGAUUUGAGUAACCCAAUCAGGAUGUAUACAGAUGGGUUGAACAGUGUUUCAUUGGAGGAGGAAGGAGCUCGGUAUUUCGUAAGUGGGAAAACAGAGAGCUGUAAGAAUGGACUGAAGCUGCACGUGGUGGUUGAACCAGAGCAGUCUCAGAAGCAGGAGGAGGGAGUUGAGAUCGCCACGUCAGAAAGCUCUGCUAUUAUGGCGGCGGCGGCGGCGGCGGAUGGUCCAACUCCUUCGGCUUCAACCCAUUUUAGGGCGGCACAUACUGUUGUGAUGGUGGUUGUGGUCAGUAUACUAUUAUUGGUCUGCUCUGCUUUUUAGUGUUUGAAUGGGGGUUCCAUUCCAUCAUGUGUUUUAUUAUUAUUAAAAUACAAAUUGGGACCAAUCUUCCUCGUAGUAUAUGGUGGUUUGAUGAAUGUUUUCUGCAUCAAACACUAUUAGUAUAAUGUUGUUGUUGUUGUUUUUAAAUUAAAACUACUAGUCUUGAAUCUUCAUGCACGUUUUACCGUACCUACCCCUAUAAUCUGUUGGAAUUUGUAUGGUGGAUGCAACUAACUUCUUUGUAUUGUAUGUUGGAAUUUAGUUGUAAGGAGGAGGGGUAAUGUUGUAAUAAGCUUACUACUAGUUCAUUAAUAAGUGUGUUCUUCUCUUAUAUAAAAGGAGUUUUUAAAUAUCUAAC